AUGGAUCAACUCAACUACAAGGAACAGCAGCAAUUCACCAAGAUCGUUGAGGAGAAGCAGAUGAAUGACUUCAUGAGGCUCUAUACCAGUCUCGUCGACAGAUGUUUCAAUGACUGUGUUACCAAUUUUACAUCAGAUAAAUUGACUGACCGUGAAGAUACAUGUCUUAACAAAUGUGCCGAGAAGUUUUUGAAGCACAGCGAAAGAGUGGGUCAAAGGUUCCAGGAACAAAACCAGGCGAUGAUGAAUCAAAUGAGAGGAGGCAAAUGA